AUGUCAACCCCUAGCUCCAACCCCUUCGCCGACUCCUCCAUCCCCAACCCCGGCCAGCUCCGCGCCGUCGCCAUCACCGACCAUGUCCCCGUCAAGCUGUCCACCACCGCCGCCAACUACCUCGCCUGGAAGACGUACUUCUACCUCCUCUUCCGCGAGUACAACCUGCGCGAUCACAUCGACGGCACCGCCGACCUCCUCGCCUGCGACGCCGACUGGCUGGCCAUCGACGCCACCAUCAUCCGCUGGCUCUUCCUCACCGUAUCGCCGGACAUCUUCAAGACCGUCGUUCAGGAAUGCGAUGAUGCCCGCACGGUGUGGGGCAAGAUCAACGGCCUCUUCACCAAUAACAAGCUCCAACGUGUUGUCUUUUUGCAACAGGAAUUCUUCGGCACACCCCAGGGCGAUCAAACCUUGGACGCCUACUGCCUGCGCCUCAAGGCCAUCUCCGACGAGCUCCAGGACCUUGGGUUCCGGAUUGGCGACGAGCUCCUCCUCUCCACCCUCACCGCCGGCCUCAACGAGGACCUCGGCAACGCCACCUCCAACCUCACCCUCAUGACCAACCCUACGUUAUCCGGAUGUGUAUCCUCUGUAGUUAUUGUAUAG